UGGUAGUUUUAUACUUCAAUUUGAUUUCACUACUGUGAGCAAGCAAGACAUAAAAGCCUCAUGCUCUUAUGAAUUAAAAAGAAUAUGUGAAUAAGUCUCCAUAGGGUAAGAUUUUUAUCUUAUGCCCUACCACUCAUCAAGCCACUUCUGGGGCUAUCAACCACUCUGUGUGCGCAUUAGACAAUGGUAGUUUUAUCCUCAAAUAUGACUUUAUUGCAGAGAAAAUGCAAUAAUAAUAUAUAUCCUCAUGAAACUACAGAUGAAAACCAACUGACAAAGGACAGAAAGAAACCAAGAAACAAGCAGAGGUUCUUACUUUUUUUAUGCCCAAGACUGCAAAAAGCAACACAGAGAGAACAGAGAUGAAAAAAUCUGCUGCCUCUGUGUCCUACAACAUGAAAAAAAUUUAUUUGAGCAGAAGCGUGGUGGUAUUCCUGCACAUCCUGUGCAUGUGUUUACUCACAUUAGUUGUUGACUGUUUAAAACCCCAAGUCACCAAGACUGCAAACAACCAUCAUACAACACAAGCCCCAUCAACUACAGAAGCUGCUAUGUUGGAUGGCAACUCUACGGUUUCACUUUCAUCAAACACAAAAGUCACAGAUGUGAGACUGCCCGCUUCCCUCCGACCUUUCCACUACCAACUUCAACUUCAGCCCUUCAUCAGGGGAAAUUUUAGCAUCAAUGGAUAUGUACAGGUGGAGGUGGAGGUGGUGACAGAGACCUCUGUUUUUACCCUCCAUAUGGCUGACAUCAUCACACACAAUGAAACAGUCAAGAUAGUGGAUACCAGAAGUGCAAUGGAGAUCAGCAUCCUUAAGCAGACAUACGACAACCAGCGCCAGUUUUACCAUGCCCACCUCCAACAACCACUGACCAAAGGCCGCCGAUAUGUGUUGUCUAUGGAAUUCACAGGUUACCUUAAUGACCACCUACGCGGUUUCUACAGGUCAUCAUACACAGACUCAAAUGGAAUAAAGAGGUGGCUUGCUGUGACAAAGUUCCAGCCAACAGAUGCCCGCCGAGCCUUCCCAUGCUUCGAUGAGCCAGCCAUGAAAGCCACAUUUGAAGUGUUCCUGGCAAGGGAGAAAGACAUGUUCGCCAUCUCCAACAUGCCCAAAAUAAACAGCCGGCCAAUAGAAGGUCAGCAGGGGUGGAUGUGGGACCAUUUCAACACCACUGUUCCCAUGUCCACCUACCUUACGGCAUUCCUUGUGUCUGAUUUCUCAUCAAAGGAGGUCACCACACAGAACGGAGUGUCCUUCAGGACGUGGGCACGAGAGACUGCCAUCAACCAGGCAAAUUACUCACUUGAAAUUGGCUCAAAAAUCCUCACCUUCUUUGAAGACUACUUCAGUAUUCCAUACCCACUCCCAAAACAAGACAUGGUUGCCAUCCCAGACUUUGCAGCCGGUGCCAUGGAGAACUGGGGGCUCAUCACCUACAGGGAGACAGCGAUGCUUUAUGACCCAAAGGUGUCUUCAGCCUACAACAAACAGUGGGUGGCAACAGUUGUGGCACACGAGCUGGCUCACCAGUGGUUUGGGAACCUGGUAACUCCUAAAUGGUGGACAGAUCUGUGGCUCAAUGAGGGUUUUGCAAGCUUCAUAGAGUAUGUGGGGGCUGACCAUGCUGAGCCAGAGUGGCAAAUGAUGGAGCAGUUCAUCAUGAUAGACUUACACAAGGCUUUCAGACUUGACUGCCUUGAGUCCUCCCAUCCCAUCAGCAUCCCUGUUGCUCAUCCUGAUGAGAUAUAUGAGAUAUUUGACACCAUCUCUUAUGCCAAAGGUGCUUCAAUAAUCCGAAUGAUGAAAUUUUUCCUGACGGAGGCAACCUUCCGCAGGGGUCUCACUAACUACCUGAAAACCAAAGCAUAUGCCAAUGCUGAACAAGAUGAUUUAUGGGACUUCCUGACACAAGCAGCCCAUCAGGACUUGACACUUGGCAAGUGUGUCACUGUCAAAACUAUCAUGGACACAUGGACACUACAGAUGGGCUAUCCUGUGAUCACAGUCAUGCGAAGUGCUGAUGGAGCCUCAGCCACAGUCACACAGGAGCGGUUCCUGUUGAGCAAAGACGCCAACUCCAAUGACACUCAUGUCUACAGGUGGUGGGUGCCACUCUCCCACACCACACAGGCCACUGCUGACUUCAGUAGGACAGCACCCUCCAGGUGGCUCUCAAAGACUGACUCUAAGAUCACGAUCCGGUCCCUCCCAGAUAGUAGUCAGUGGGUGAUAUUCAAUGUACAGGAGACUGGCUACUACAGAGUCAAUUACGACGAAAACAACUGGAAGCAGUUGAUCAAGCAACUCAAAGCUGAUCACACUAAGAUCCACGUCAACAACCGCGCGCAGCUCAUAGAUGAUGCGCUCAACUUGGCACAAGCAGGUCAGUUGUCAUAUUCCUUGCCGAUGGAACUCAUUGCAUAUCUGAAGAGUGAGACUUCAUACACGCCAUGGGCUACUGCUCUAAAUAACUUGGCUUAUAUUGAUAAAGUUUUCUCUCGCACUGGAACUUAUGGAUCUCUUAAGAAUUUCUUGCUCCAUCUGCUUGAGCCACAGUACGAGUCUAUUGGGUUCCGAGACUCUUUAACUGACCCUCACCUUGUCCAGCACAAAAGAGUAAAGAUACUCAGUUGGGCCUGCAAGCUGGGUCAUGAAGACUGUGUAAACCAGUCUGUUGGCCUCUUCAAUCAGUGGAUGAUGAACCCAUUGAACAAAAGCAUCAUCUCCCCAAACCUGAAGGAUGUGGUGUACUGCACUGCCAUAGCUGCUGGUAAGGACAAGGAAUGGGAGUUUGCAUGGAAUCAAUACCUCAACUCAAAUGUUGGCUCUGAAAAGAGCAGACUGCUCUCGGCUCUGGGGUGCUCCAGGGAGUUGUGGAUUCUGUCAAGGUACCUUGAGAUGGCCUUCACCAAAGACACUGGGAUCAGAAAGCAAGAUGUAGUCAGGGUGUUCUAUUCUGUGGCCUCAAACAUUGUGGGACAAGACCUGGCUUGGACCUUCUUAAGAGAUCAGUUGGAUGAUAUUAUUGAUUACAUGGGUAGAGGCUUUUCCAGUCUCAAGUGGAUGAUAAAAGGAACAACUAAUGGCAUGAACAAGGACCUAUACUUAACAGAGCUCAAACAGUUCCAGUCUGCCAACAAAGACAAAUUGGGCUCUGUUAAGCAAGCUGUAUCCCAGGCUAUUGAGACUGUUGCCAACAACAUUGAAUGGAUGAACAAAAACAGGCAAGUGAUCACUGAGUGGCUGGAAAAUCAUGGUUAUCUGUUAACACUCAGGAGUACUUAAGUGUGUGUGUGUGUGUGUGUGUGUGUGUGUGUUGUAGCAAUGGGAUAUUAAUAUGGUAUAUACUAGGAUGGACAGAUUUGUCUGUCUUUGCUAGUACCAUUGUGGCUUAUAUUUAUAAUCUGUUAUCAAUUUUUGGUUUCAUUUAAUUGCUUGACUAUGACUUUUCCCUGAGAACAAUUAUAAUCUUAAUUGCUUUACAUUACUCUUACCUUUGCAUUUUAUGCAUUUUACUUAGCUCUAGAUAUUCUUAAUCGCAUCUAUCUUUUUUUUUUUUUUUUUACGGUAUUACUGAAUGAUAUGCAGUACUUGCUGUAAUCAAAAGCCAAUGGUACUUUUUACAUCAAAUACACCCUAUCUGUCAGUCUCACAUAAAACUACUAGAAUUAUCUCAUCACCAGUAGACAAGUCAUUCAUCUAAAGUAGCAUGUUAUUAACCUAAACACCUCUGUAUUAUAACUGUUGUUGUUAUCUCUGUUCUGACAAGGUAUGGUAUUAGCUGACUGGCUUUAACACUACAUAUAAUGUGAGCAAUAAAAUGGAAUAUGUG